UCUUCAAGAGCAUCACCAACAGAACCCUCAAGAACUUCUUAAAGAACAAGAGCAAAAUGAAGACUGCUGCAGCUUUUGUUUUCCUUGUUUGUCUGUCAGUUGUGCAAGGUCAGGCCAGGCCAAGCGUAAAGAGGUGUCUUUGUCAAGGUUCUGGGGUGAACGUGGUUCGUCUACAACGUGUUGAGAAGGUUGAAGUUUAUCCUGCUGGUCCAUCUUGUGAAAAUGUAGAAAUUAUUGUCACUUUGAAAAACGGUGCAGGACAAAAAUGCUUGAAUCCAGAAUCCAAUUUUGCCCAGAAUUACAUCAAGAGAGCCAUUGCAAAGAGGAGUGCCCAGUAAAGCAUGUGUCAAAACACCAGUGAAGAUGUGAAAGAGAUGAUUGUGAACAUCACUAGUUUUAAAAUCCUAUGUUAUGAUAUUGUAAAAACUGUACAUAUACAAUAUGUUUGUUAUUUAAUUUAUGAGAAGGAUAUAAUGGUGUACUGACAUGUUUAAUACACAAAAUUUACAGAGAUUAUAUUUAGUAAUACUUUGUUUUGAUGUUUUAACUGUUUUUCCUGUCUGAACUACAAUAAACUAUUCACAUAACAGA